CUUUACUUCUGUGUUCUCAGUGAUGCUUUCACAUAAUGGUGCACUGUUGUUUAUAGGAGGGAGAGACAGGGUGGGUACAUGUAUGUGUACUUUUGGAAAGAAUCAUUGUGACAGGAAUUUCUUGUCCAAAAUUCUAAUUUUUCUGAGACAGACUUAAAUACUAGGCUGCUGUGAAUGCUUCACACUUAAGAACCAGUGCCCUUCUGGCACAGUAGGGACUUGUCUCUCUCUAUUGUUUUUGCCUCUCUGUACAGGAUUAUGGCUGGGAUAGAGUUAAUUUUCUUGACAGUGGCUGGAUCUGUGUUUGGAUCAGCGAUGGAAGCACAGGAAUGUUGUAGCUGUUGCUCAGUGGUGCUUACACAACAUCAAGGUCUAUUCUGCUCCUCACCAGCGUGGAGCUGGGGUGUGCAAGGAGCUGGGGGAGACACAGCUGACCCUGACUGAGCACAGAGGUCUCUCACAUGGGAGGAGGCCAUGCUCAGCAAUAAAAGCUGGGGAGGAGGGAGGAAUGGGGGUGUUCCCAAGUCACCGUUACGCGUGAUGGAGCCCAUCUUUCCUGGGAUGGCUGAACACUGGCCUGCAGCAGGAGGCAGGGAAUUAAUUCCUUUUGAUUUGCUUGCUUGUGCAGGUUUUGCUUUGCCUGUUAAACUGCUCUUAUCACAACCCACAGGUUUUUGCAUUUCCACCUUCUGAUUCCCCCCAUCCUGCUGCAAGGGGCCGACUCCCCCAGGGCCAGACCCCCAAGAGGAAGCAGAGGCAGGAUGGAGUGAUGAAUCUCACCCCAAGUCACUAAUUCUGUGUCACCUGGCUGCCCUUCUCUGCCCCAGUCUCUGAGAAACCCGCCUCCACAUCAGGACAAGUAUUCGUGCCUGGCAUAAUUUUUUUUUUGGUGUAACCAAAGCUGACAAUUUGUGCACAACACCCCAGGAGAGAGCAAUGAAUCAAUUGUAAAAGUGUAAAAAAUGGGCUUUUGUGAUCCGUGGGCUCUACCAGCUCCUGAGCGAGAAAUGGCACAGCUGACGUGUGUAAUGUAACAGGAGAAAGAGGUCGCUGAAAUGUGCCCCCCCUGCCAGCAGCAGCUGGUGCUAUGCCAAGAGUAACCCUAGAAAUUCUCCAUAAAAGAGCACAUUGACUCAGGUUCUACCAAGAAACUCAAGGAAAGCAACCCUACACCUUGCUAAUCUCUGCAUCUUGCAGGGAAUUCCUAUCCUUACCCACCGAGCAAGAAGCAGAUAAAAGGGACAGCAGGCACUGACCAUGGCCCCUGGCGAUGUGAUGUUGUGCAGGGUGACAAGGGUCCAGUGCCCUCCAGCAGCCCCUGCCCAGAUCCUGCUGUGAGCCAGGAGAGAAAGGGAUCCCCUCUAAGGAAUCCCAGUUCAACCUUUCCUUCCCAGCACAGCUGCUGCGAACGCCGUGUCCCGAGGCAGCUCUUUAUACCUGUGUUGAUGUCCUGGAUACCAGCACUUUUCAUGGCUUAUUAAUUAACUCCCACCCACUUCUGGAAACACCUAGCCACUCCCUUCGUCCUCACCUAUCCCAGCCAUUUAUAGCAGUGAACGGAUGCUAGAAAUAGAGACUUGGCCACUGAGAGCCAGAGGAGACGAGCAGGCACUGGAGUCGGUUUGCAAAAGGAGACAUUUCCCAGCUCGCAGCAGCAUGAAAAGCCCUGGGUGCGCUCCAAGGCAUGCCAGGUGUCUCAUCGUUUUCAGCUUCUGCCUGGGACUUUCCUGCCUCUCGGGAUUCUUCCAUGUGAAGAGUAAGAAUUACAGAAUCUCAAAGAGCCACGAGGAGCUGCUGAUCCCUCCCACGCCGUGCCAUGCCAAGACAAACGUCAUGUUCCUCAAAACCCACAAGACUGCCAGCAGCACUGUGCUCAACAUCAUGUUCAGGUUUGCAGAGAGGUACAACCUCACUGUGGCCCUCCCUGCUGACCAGCUCUUCCACCUGGGAUACCCAAGGACUUUCGUGGCCCACUUUGUGGAGGGCUUUGAAACCAUAGGCCAAAAUUACAACAUCAUGUGCAAUCACCUGCGGUUUAACCCCCUGGAGGUAAAAAAGGUGAUGGCAGCCAACACCUUCUACUUCUCCAUCCUGAGGAACCCCAUUCCUCUGCUGGAGUCUUCCUACAUCUACUACAAGGACUAUGUGCCUGCCUUCAGGAGCUCCAAGGAUGUGAAUGAGUUCCUGGAAUCACCCACAAAGUAUUACCACCCAGCAGAUUACAGGAAAAACAUCUACGCCAGGAAUAUCAUGUGGUUUGAUUUCGGCUACGACAACAACGCAAAAGAUGACAUGAACUACACCCAGGCUGUCCUGGAGGAGAUCGAGCAGAACUUCCACCUCAUCUUGAUAGCAGACUACUUUGAUGAGUCCAUGAUCCUCUUGAAGCACACUUUGUGCUGGGAUCUGGAUGAUGUGAUUUACUUCAAGCUCAAUUCCAGAAGCCAGGACACUGUCCAGACGUUGACUCCGGAAAGUGAGGAGCAGAUAAAAGCCUGGUGCUCGCUGGACUGGAAGCUCUACCUGCACUUCAACCAGAGCUUCUGGAGGAGAAUUGAGGAGACCAUAGGGCUGGAGGUGCUGGAAAAGGAGGUGGAUCACCUGCGGACCAGACAGAAGGAGCUCAUGGAGACUUGUCUGUCAGAGCAGGAGGCAGUGAGGAAGGAUCACAUCAGGAAUAAAGCUCUCCUGCCUUUCCAGUCAGGGGCUGCAAAUAUCCUGGGUUACAACAUCAAACAAGACUUGGACAACACAACUCUGAGAACCUGCCAGAAAAUGGUCAUACCAGAGCUCCAGUACACGUCCUACCUUUAUGCUGUCCAACACCCACACAAGAAGAGGAAAGAUGUGGGAUUGCCAUUGCUGUGGACCAGUCUCCAGGAGAAGAUGCAGCUCCCAGGGUCCAACUAGAACAUGUGGCAACUGUGGCUUCCCACUGCUU